UCAGAGAGCAUCGAGAUGACUAGCCAGAGCAACUACGCCGUUGAGUCUGAGAACAAUGAGGGCCAAGAGAAGAAAGCUGUGGCGAAGAGAGGUGGAGUCGUGCCAGCCAUCUUCUGUCGAAUUUCACAGUUUUGGCCAGUCAGGUUUACUGUGAUUUUUCUUUUGUUGAGGUGUGUGCUUGGCUUGUGGUGGCUAUUUGGGUUCUCCGCGCCAGUGAAGGCCAUCUCUCCGGCUCGGGAGGACAAAAGUGGCUCCCCGAAAGAAAGGCAGUGCAGAACAGUCCGGAAGCGUCUCCACAGGGUCACGCGGCUGUUGUUGGGCGUUCUUCCCCGGCGUAUCCAGAGCGCUCUGGGUUAUCCGGUCUGCACCAGCAUUGGCCGUGCUGUGUCCCCUGAGGUGCGUUGUUCCCCUACAAAGCCUUGUGGCAAAGGCAGCAAGAGAAAACAGGAUGACCUGGAUGAGGAAGAGGAGGUAGAGCAGCAGUCCUGGGUGGAGGCGCUCAAUCAGGAGCUGGCUGAGGAGGACCACGCAGCUGAUCCGGACUAUGAGCCCAGUGCAGUUGAGUCGGACAGUGAGGAAUACCGGUCACACAAUAACACUGAGAGUGACUUGGAAGUAGAAAAGGGUGUCGUGGUGAUCAAAGAUUUGGAGACGGUAGUUCCUCCUGAGGACUAAUGAUGGCAGUGUGUACUAAUGCUAGUAUGCAAAUCAAGAAUAAUGCAACAGUUGCAGAAUGUGUUCGUUAUGUUCGUUCUCUGGCUUUGUUUUUUCUGACAGGCUCAUUUCAUGGCAAAUUGCUGCUUGUCUAAAGUUAAUUUUGUAUCUGUUGUGUGUGUGUUUUCAGUGUUAAACUACCAAAUAAAAGGAUUUGUAGUACAUC